UAUUUUUACCACAUGCUUGUCACAGUUUUCAUACGUUUCUGCGACACAAACAAACCAUCGUCGGCAUUUCGAGACGCAUUAGUUCCCUUAAAUCAAUUUGACCUUCAUUUAGUGCAACUCGAGUUAAGUCGGAAUGGGACGUGAGUCCAGACACUACAGGAAGCGCUCAGCGUCCCGCGGCCGGUCGGGCAGCCGGUCGAAGAGUCGCUCCCCGGACAACAAGCGCUCAAAGAAAGACGACCGAGACCGAAGCAGGAGGGAUCGGUCCAGGAGCAGAGACCGCAGGAGGUCCCGGUCCAGAGACAGGAAAAGAGCCCGUCGGUCCCGCAGCAGAGACCGGAGGAGGUCCAGAAGCCGGGAGAGGAAGAGGUCACGCAGUCGGAGUCGAACUCGCAGGUCCCGAACCGGCAGCCCGGCAAAGAGCAAGAAGUCAGACGAAAAAGCCAAGAGCAAAGAGAAGGAAAAGGAGAGCGUCGAGCCAGUUUCAGAGAAGAAGAAGGUGAAAGAGGAGAAGGAAGAUGAGAAGGUGGAGGACGUAAGUUCAAAACAAGAUUUUGACCAAAACAAACUGGAGGAAGAAAUGAGGAAGAGGAAGGAGCGUGUGGAGAAAUGGAGAGAGGAGCAGAGGAAGAAGGCGAUUGAAAACAUUGGAGAGAUAAAGAAAGAACUGGAGGAAAUGAAACAGGGCAAGAAAUGGAGCCUGGAGGACGACGACGAUGACGAUGAGGAGGGUCCUGCUCUGAUGGAGGUGGAUGAAGAUGAAGAGGAGGUGGAGGCGGAAGGAAAGGGGGAUGGAAAAGAGAAGGAUGCAGAGGAAGUGAAGAAGGAGGAGGACGAGGCUGAGAAGGAGGCGCCGAUGGAGCCGCAGGUGGAGGAGGACGAGGUGGAUCCUCUGGACGCCUACAUGGAGGAGGUCAAGCAGGAAGUGAAGAAGUUCAACAUCGGAGCCAUGAAGGGGAACGAUAAGAAAGGAGCAACGACGGUAACCAAAGUGGUGACGGUGGUGAAGACCAGGAAACAACCCAUGACGCACAAGAAGAAGGGCGAGCUGAUGGAGAACGACCAGGACGCCAUGGAGUACUCAUCGGAGGAAGAGGAGGUGGACCUGCAGACGGCGCUGACGGGUUUUCAGACCAAGCAGAGGAAAGUUCUGGAGCCGGUCGACCACACCAAGAUCCAGUAUGAGUCGUACCGCAAGAACUUCUACGUGGAAGUUCCUGAGCUGGCCAAGAUGAGCACAGAGGAAGUGAACGCGUACAGGCUGGAGCUGGAAGGCAUCACCGUCAAAGGCAAAGGUUGUCCCAAACCCAUCAGGACCUGGGUGCAGUGCGGCGUGUCGAUGAAGAUCCUCAACUCCCUGAAGAAACAAGCGUACGAGAAGCCGACGCCGAUCCAGGCCCAGGCCAUCCCCGCCAUCAUGUCCGGCAGAGACCUGAUCGGCAUCGCCAAGACCGGCAGCGGGAAGACCAUCGCCUUCCUGCUGCCCAUGUUCCGCCACAUCAUGGACCAGCGCCCCCUGGAGGAGGGAGAGGGGCCCAUCUCUGUGAUCAUGACUCCCACCAGAGAGCUGGCUCUGCAGAUCACCAAGGAGUGUAAGAAGUUCUCCAAACCGCUGGGGCUGCGAGUGGUGUGUGUUUACGGAGGGACGGGAAUCAGCGAACAGAUUGCGGAGCUGAAGCGCGGAGCAGAGAUCAUCGUUUGCACUCCAGGGAGGAUGAUCGACAUGCUGGGCGCCAACAGCGGCCGGGUCACCAACCUGCGGAGGGUCACGUACGUGGUACUGGACGAAGCAGACAGGAUGUUUGACAUGGGCUUUGAGCCACAGGUGAUGCGUAUCGUGGACAACGUGCGUCCCGACCGACAGACGGUCAUGUUCUCCGCCACCUUCCCCAGAGCCAUGGAGGCGCUGGCCCGCAGGAUCCUGGCCAAGCCCAUCGAGGUGCAGGUCGGAGGUCGCAGCGUGGUCUGCUCAGAUGUGGAGCAGCACGUGCUGGUGAUUGAUGAGGAGAAGAAGUUCCUGAAGCUGCUGGAGAUCUUGGGUCACUACCAGGAGAAAGGCUCCGUCAUCAUCUUUGUGGACAAACAGGAGCAUGCGGACGGCCUGCUGAAGGACCUGAUGAAAGCCUCCUACCCCUGCCUGUCUUUACAUGGAGGCAUCGACCAGUACGACCGAGACAGCAUAAUCAACGACUUUAAGACGGGAGUGUGUCGCCUGAUGGUGGCCACCUCGGUGGCGGCCAGAGGCCUGGACGUCAAGCAGCUCAUCCUGGUGGUCAACUACUGCUGCCCCAACCACUACGAGGACUACGUCCACCGGGCGGGGCGCACCGGCAGGGCGGGCAACAAGGGUUACGCCUACACCUUCAUCACAGAGGACCAGGCUCGCUACGCUGGCGACAUCCUAAAGGCCUUGGAGCUGUCAGGGUCCGCCGUUCCUCCAGAACUGGAGCAGCUGUGGGCUUCCUUCAAGGACCAGCAGAAGGCGGAGGGUAAGGUGAUUAAGAGCAGCAGUGGCUUCUCAGGGAAAGGCUUUAAGUUUGAUGAGACGGAGCAUGCUCUGGCCAACGAGAGGAAGAAGCUGCAGAAAGCUGCGCUGGGACUGCAGGACUCUGACGAUGAGGACGGCGCCUUGGAUAUCGAGGAGCAAAUAGAAAGCAUGUUCAACUCUAAGAAGCGAGUGAAGGACCUGUCGGCUCCCGGCGCGUCCACCGGUCCCGCCGGCGGCGUCACGGCUGCAGCGGCGGCCCCCGGGGGCCCGGCGGGCCUCAUGCCCGGGUCCGCUGGAAACAACCAGAAGCUGGAGAUGGCCAAAAGGCUGGCGCUCAAGAUCAACGCCCAGAAGAACCUGGGAGCCGAGGCUCAGGACGUGAUGCAGCAGGCCACCAACGCCAUCCUGCGCGGCGACCCCAUCAUGACCCCGUCGGUGUCGGCCAAGACGAUCGCGGAGCAGCUGGCGGAGAAGAUCAACGCCAAGCUGAACUACACGCCGGUGGAGAAGCUGGAGGAGGAGCGGCAGGCGGCCGAACAGGCCGAAACCGUCAAGAGAUACGAGGAGGAGCUGGAGAUCAACGACUUCCCUCAGACGGCCCGGUGGAAGGUGACGUCUAAAGAGGCGUUGCAGAGGAUUGGAGAAUACUCUGAGGCGGCCAUCACCAUCAGGGGAACGUAUUUCCCUCCAGGCAAAGAGCCGAAGGAGGGAGAGCGAAAGAUUUAUCUGGCUAUUGAGAGUGCGAGUGAACUGGCUGUGCAGAAAGCCAAAACGGAGAUUACACGGCUAAUAAAGGAAGAGCUCAUCAGAUUACAAAAUUCCUACCAGCCAACAAGCAAAGGCCGCUACAAGGUGCUGUAGAGGAAGCGGCGAGGAUAAUCCGAUCCAUCUCUGCAGUUUCAUCAAAGUGGAUGAUGAAUAUUUUAAUCUGUGUUUUAAUGUUUCAUUGAAUUAGUUUGUAUUUCCCCGACUGUCCAGCCGUUUUUCUUAUGCUCUUGUUCCACAUUUAACAUUAAAGCAACACGUUUCUCCAAUGA